AUACACAUACUUAUCAAUACAAAAAGGCGAGAAAGACAUCAAAACCAUACCCCACCUCCUUUAUAUGAAGAGGUUACUACUAUGUUAAAUCGACAAGGUUCUUUUAAUAGGCAAAGAAGUCAGGAACAGUCCCUA